UCACUGGAAGGCGCUGGUAAUACUAAUACAACGAAUAGCUAUAAGUAAACAACAGCUGCGCUCUUCUAUCAAACCACAUUGUCGAUAACGAUCAAACAGCUGACCGAUAUAAUCGUUCAACGUAAAACACAGGGUGUUACGUAUUAGCAAAUGAAUAAUAAGAGAACGCUAUUAUCGAUAUCACCAGAAAACAGUCACAGUACCCCAAAAAAGUAUUCACCAUAUCAAAAAAUGAACAUAAAUAACCAACAAGAUGUUUUUUCGUGGAGUAAGCUGGGCGAUGUGUUGGAUGAUAAGUUGAAAGAUGUGGCCAAAAAAGAGGACCUUACUGCAAUCAAAUAUGAAGUGGAAGAACUUAAACAGGAAAAUUGUAAAUUGAGAGAAGAUAUCAAGAAACUAACAAAUCGCUUAGAAACCUUAGACAGAAAAUCUCGUACUACAAAUAUUGUGGUGAGUGGACUUAGAAGUAGAACUACAUUUACGGCAAAAAAAGAAUUCCUCGACAUCUGCAACAACAAAUUAAACAUCGUAGUUAACAUAUCGUACGCUAGAAUGUUAUCUUCAGGAAAAUCGUUCGUAUUUACACUGGACACCAAUUCCCAAGUGCAAAAUAUUUUAAAUACGAAAGAAAAAUUGCAUGGCCAAUUUAUAUAUAUACAAAAGGAUUAUACUGCUGUCGAACAGUCUACCAGAUACAACCUGCGUCAAGUUGGCAAAAUCGUAUCUCAGCAUAAAAAAGACGUUAAAGUUAGGUUAGGAGAGUUCUGUCUUUUCCUGUUGAAUCUGGUGUGAAACAGGGCUGUAUUCUCAGUCCUGUACUCUUUUCGUUAUACGUGAAUGACCUUCCCUAUAUAUUGCCUG